CGCAGCCAAGUUCAACAACGCAAGCACGCUGGAGGACCAGCCGCUGGUACCUCAGCCUGCUUAGCUGAUGCUGCAGGAGAGCCCAGAGACCAGUGGUCCAGCGCAUCCAGUCCAGGAUUCACUGGGGACGUUCCUGUCUCAUAGCUCCUCCUGGUGGAGGGACCAGUCCUUUGGAACCUCAAAGCCCUGUAGACUAAUGGCUGCUGGGACAUCCACCAUGCUUAGCCUAUCAGAGCCUGCUGAUCACAUGGCUGAGGGCAAAGUCGCUUCUCUGAGGCCUUCCGUUGAGAAGAGAUGGACGCUCAUGGGACCCAAGCAGACCCAGCCAGGGAUGCUCAAGAAAUUGAGCCUUGUGGACUCUGCUACUGCUGCAGGAAAGGGUGGGCAAGAUGUGGCCUCUACUGAAGUGUCAGGAGCACCAAACAAGCCUCGACUGGACAGGCCUCUGGCCCGCAAGGCAUGCACAGGGCAGAGGCAGAAUCCCUUCACAGAGUUGUCAUGUCUCCAGGAGAGGCCAGGGGACAUCCAGGCCCAGAUGAGGAAGUCGGAGAACCCAGAAGGACAGCUUGGCACUCAGCAGCUGCCUUUGAGUCUCCUCAGAGCCUCGGGUGAUGGCACAGUGUGCUCAGCAUGGCCAGGUGCAGUCCGGGGUGAACAGAAGAGUGCUUUCAGCAAGCCAGCCAAGCGCCCAGCAGAGAAACCUAAGCGCACCCCUGUGCUUCUGGCUGGGGGGAGUACAGAGGGCUCAUGGGAGCUCUCAGGACUCAUCACUGCUGUGGACAUCCCGUAUUGGGCUCACCUGUCAACUUUCAAGUUCAUGGGUGACUUCUGGAAAUUGCACACGCUGUCACAGAACAUUGUACUCUGCAAUGCUAUCCAGGGGACUCCCACACCGUGGCUGGAGCACACCCAGGUGCAAGCGCCCACAUCCUCAGCCUCUCCUGCCACAGCCUCUCGGGCUCUUUUGCCACCCACACUCUCCUCCCUGGGCGUGUCUACUCAGAACUGGUGUGCGAAGUGCAACCUGGCCUUUCGCCUGACAGCUGACCUGGUCUUCCACAUGCGGUCUCAUCACAAAAGGGAGCAUGUGGGCCCUGAUCCACAUUCUAAGAAACGAAGAGAGGAAGUGCUCACUUGCCCCGUUUGCCACGAGUACUUCCGGGAGCGCCACCACCUGUCCAGGCAUAUGACUUCACAUAGUUAGCAGGUGGCUACGGAGAAAACAGUAGAAUCCAGUGCACGGUGGUGAGGCACGGGUGACUCCCGGCCUGUGCUGAGAAGGUUGUCGUAGACAUCUUCAAGGUUGUUCCUUUUGCUUCUCAGACAUGAACUGCUCAGUUAUAAUUUGUCAGAUGCCCCAGCCUUUGUGAUGUGUUUAAUGCACAAUGUGGAAGGCCAUGCAUUAAAAUGAUGAGCUUCACACGUGGGAUAGUGGAACCCAUGGCUCAGGGAACAGGGCUGCUCCUGGCUCUGUCCCCGGUACUCUGCAAGGAAGCACAUGAGUGUGACAUCUGGGCCUUUGCUGCGAAGCCGUUCGGGUUUUCACUUGUGAGCCCUGACCUCGGUCAGGUUCCUUUACCUUACCGACACUCACUUUUCUUGUUUUGAAAACAGUGUGUUAGCAGGAUGUCAUCAGAGUGCUGAGGAAGAAGUUUGGUUGAUGACCUGCUCAUUUCCCGGUCGAGUGUGAACACUAAGCAUAUGGAUUUCAUAGUCACUGCUUGCACUAGCCGGCUGCGUUACUUGUGAAAUCUCAGGGUGGGUGGGGUGAGCAAACAUUGUGUUUCUCUGCAGCAAGGCUGGGGAUGGCUUGGUGCACGUGGCAUGGGUCCUUUAAGUCUAGGCCCUUCUGCUGCUGGGUCACUGUGCUGGAUAUAGUGAAGCCCAGAGUGCAAAAUACCCGUAAAAUUGGUCACGAACCUAGGUUUCCCUGGGCCAAUGUAAAUGCAGGUCUAAAGUGGCCUAGAGGGAAAGUGGCCUGCCUGAAACCCUAACAAAGAGGUGGGGGCUCGGAAUGCAGUCCCCCAGUUCUCCGGGUCUUCACACUGAGAACGUGUGAGAAGAGAGAAACCGGACACACGCCACUUAUUCUGGAUGAUCUCCAGGUGUCAUCCUUCUCUGUGGCUCUGAGUAGGACAGGGAAAAGCAGCCGGAGGGUACUCGGAACGAGGUCCCCUGGAGGUGCUUCACACCCUGUCCUCUGUAGGACAGAGACAGGGAAUUCUCAUCCAUCCUACUGCAGGCGAAUUUAAACUUGGAAAGGUUAACGACUUUCCCAACGCCAUUUAGUCAGGAGCGUCGGUGGAAGAACAAAAAUCCCACGAAGCUCCGGAUCUGAGCUUAUGUCUUGUCCAGCCGCUGCACGUUGUCUUAGCAUGGCCGUGGAGCGUACUGAGUGACGCAAGAUUUGGAACUUAGAGGUUGCUCUCCUUAAGUUCAAUUUCAACUUAACCUUGCUACUUUACAAGAAGUACACAUGCUCAUUCAUUUGCAUGUGCUUACACACACACACACACACACACACACACACACACACACCACUCUUCUCUUGGGCACUUUCCUCCACCCUGUAUACUAAAUAGCAUAGCGAUUUAUCCUGUUCACUGUGGCUCUCCUCACUAGAAUGAAAGAGAGCUUUGACGUAUUUCCAUCUAGAACAAUACCGACAUACAGUAGGCACUCAACAGGUAUCUGCUGAAAGAAAGA